AUGACAAGUUGGAAGCAAAAAAACACUUAUCAGGAAUUCACCAAAGCGCUUGAGAAGUCAAGCAAUGAUAAGCGUAAUUACAGGCUCAUUAAGCUGCAUAAUCAGCUCGAGUGUCUGCUUAUCAAUGACAGCGAAACAGACAAAUCAUCAGUGGCUAUUGACGUGAAGGCGGGACAUCUCCUGGACCCAAAUGAAUUACCUGGUUUGGCACAUUUCAACGAGCAUAUGCUCUUCCUUGGUACUUCCAAGUACCCCGUUGAAAAUGACUAUCAAGACUACCUGAGUAAGAAUUCUGGCUAUAGUAACGCAUAUACAGAUAUGAUUGACACAAAUUACUACUUUACUUGCUCAACAAAUGCGUUGAAGGGCGCAGUUGAUCGUUUCAGUCAAUUCUUUAUUUCACCGCUAUUCACCCAGUCGUGCACUCAAAGAGAAGUGAAGGCUGUUGAUAGUGAAAACAAGAAGAACUUACAGUCUGACUUGUGGAGACUGUUUCAGCUCGAGAAGGGCUUGUCGAACCCACCAAUGAGUAACUUCGGUACUGGGAACUGGGACACUCUCUUCUCAGAACCUAGUAUGAAGGGCUUGGAUCCAAGGGAAGAGCUCAUCAAGUGGUAUGAAACUCACUACUCUUCUCACCUCAUGAAACUCUGCGUCUUUGGUAAGGAGAGUCUCGACGAGCUUGAGCAGUUGGCUGUUGAUAAUUUCUCUGCAAUCCCUCAGAGAGACAUCCCAGAACCACACUUCAGCAGCAAUGUUUGGCCAGAAGAUGCCUACAAGAGUAUCAUAUUCACAGAGACCAUCAAAGAUCUCAGACAACUCGCUCUCACUUUUACAUUCCCUGAACAAGACGCAUACUACAAUACCAAGCCUGGUAACUUCCUCAGUCACAUUCUCGGCUACGAAGGCAAAGGCAGUCUGUGCUCAUACCUCAAGCAGCUUGGCUAUAUCAACUCACUAUCCGCUGGAUUCGGUUUUAGUGCACCAGGCUUCGAAUUUUUUAAAAUCAACUUAGAUCUCACCACGAAAGGUAUUGGCAAGUGGAAGGAGUGCUUGAGAUUAAUUUUCAAUUAUAUCGACAUGAUGAAGAAGUUCUCUGACAAUCCACCUGAGUAUCUCUUCAAAGAGACACAAGAUUUGGCAGCCAUCGCUUUCAGGUUCAAGGAGCAAGGUCAGCCUGAGAAGGUGACCUCAAAUGUCGCUAGAUUGAUGCAGAAGCCAUACGAGAGAGAGCACAUUCUUUCUGGUUCUCACGUCAUUAGAGAAUAUGAUCCACACUGCAUCAAGCAGUCUCUUGACGCGCUCAACCUCGACAACUGCCGUGUCAUGUUGGCAGCCAAAGACCCAAUCGAAGGGGUUGGAGAGCUUGAUCAGGUUGAAAAGUGGUAUGGCACCAAAUACAGAGUCGACAAGUUGUCAGAAGACUUGCUUAAGGAUAUAAGGAAUAGCAGCAGUCCACCUGAAAUGCACCUCCCUCAUCCAAACCAAUUCAUUCCCACAAACUUUGACGUCGAGAAGGUGGAAAUUAAUGAACCUUCAAUUGUCCCAACACUCCUUAGAGACACACCAACUGUUCGUCUCUGGCACAAAAAGGAUGAUCAGUGGUGGGUUCCAAAAGCACACGUCUACUUGGUUAUGAAAUCACCAUCAAUCCUCCAGUCAGCAAAAUCUAGUGUAUCGACGCGUCUGUUCAAUGAAUUGUUGCUGGAUGAGAUGAACGAGUACGCAUAUGAUGCCGAGUGUGCAGGAUUUGCAUACAGUAUUGAGUCAACCGGUGACGGUGUAUUGAUUCAUGUGAAGGGGUAUAACGACAAACUCACCACACUCCUCCAUCAAAUUGUUUCAACUAUGAAGAGACUCCAUAUUAAAGAAGAUCGCUUUAAUGUGAUUAAAGAGCGCAUCGAGAGGAUGUACGCCAAUUUUUCAAUGGAUGCACCACUUAUGCAUGCAAAUGUAUCAACAUACUCUCUCACCCAGAAAGCUUUCUUUACUUUCGAGGAGCGUCUUGAAGCUGUCAAGAGCAUUAAAAAGGAAGAUGUGGAAAAUCACGCCAAAGAGGUUUUGCAGAGGUUGUACAUGGAGGUGUUCGUUCAUGGUAAUAUGACCGAUGAUGCAGCUGUCAAAAUCAGUAGGGAUAUUGAGGGUGUGAUUCAACCAUCCGCAUUGACAGAGGAGGAGAGAAAAUCUCUUCAGUCUUCAUUAGUACCAACAGGCGACCACGUGUACACCAAGGAAGUACCUAACAAGGCACAAGUAAAUUCAGCAAUCGAGUAUUACAAUGAAGUUGGUGAUGUUACAGAUAUAGAUCUUCGCACCAAACUUUCACUAUUCGCACAAAUAACACACGAGCCUGCAUUCGAUCAAUUACGUACAAAGGAACAAUUAGGAUAUAUGGUGUUCAGCGGAUUACGCAAGUCAAUUGGAACUAUGGGAUUCAGAGUUCUCAUUCAAUCUGAGAGACCACCAGUAUUUUUAGAAGGACGUGUUGAACAUUUCUUUGACGUCACUGUUAAGGGUUUGUUGGAGGAUAUGAGCGAGGAAGAAUUUGAAAAGAACAAGUUAAGUCUGAUUGAGGAGAAGCUUGAAAAACCAAAGAAUCUCAGCAAUGAAUCUUCUAGAUUAUGGUUGGAGCUUAGUGGUGGAUACUACGAUUUCCACAGAAGAGGAAAUGAAGUGGAGAGCAUAAAAAAGCUGACUAAGAAGGAUAUACUUGACUUCUUCUAUACGUACAUUCACCAAUCGAGUGAUAAGAGGAGUAAGUUGUCGACACAUUUGGUAUCACAGACAAUUCCAGAUCAGUAUAAAGAUCUUAACGAGAUCUCAUCGCUUAGACCAGCGAACGUGGUGUAUGAGAAUAUCGACUCGUACAAGAACAAGACAACGACAUCAGCACAUGCAAAGCCAGUGGCACCAAUCGCACAACCAGUAAUUGAGAAUUAA